AUGCAGCAGCAGCAGCAGCAGCAAGCAACGGAUGGCGGCGACCAGGAUGCGGAGGUAGGAGCAGCAGUAGCAGCAAGCACUGUGUUGCAGGGACCAGGAGGCCAUGGCAGCAGCAGCAGCAGUAGCAGUGAGCCCUCGGAGGUGGUGGCUGAGGCGGCAGCAGCAGCAGAAGCACCGACGACUGGGAGGCGGCGACUGGGAGGCCGAGGCAGCAGCAGCAGCAGUAGCAGCAAGCUCUGGGAGGCGGCGACCAGGUGGCUGAGGCAGCAGCAGCAGAAGCACCAACGACUUGGAGGCGGCGACAGGAGGCCUAGGCAGCAGCAGCAGCGAGCACCGAAUGGCGGCGACCAGGAGGCGGAGGCAGGAGCUGCAGUAGCAGCGAGUACUGUGGCGCAGGGUCCAGGAGGCCAAGGCAGCAGCAGCAGUAUCAGUGAGCCCUGGGAGGCGACGACCAGGUGGCUGAGGCAGCAGCAGCAGAAGCACCGACGACAGGGAGGCGGCGACCGGGAAGCCGAGGCAGCAGUAGCAGCGAGCCCUGGGAGGCGGAGACAGGGUGGCUGCGGCAGCAGCAGCAGAAGCACCGACGACUGA